GGAGCGGCUCCUCAAGGGCUGCCAAGAGUCCCCCGGCCGGCCCCGGCUUCCCUUCACCCGGAGUGCUUGGAUGCUGUAUGGAGUAAAUGAGCGGAGGCAGAGCGAGCGCACAGAGGCUGAGAGGCGCUCGGAGACCGGGACCAGGGGAGACAGGCGGGCGGCUGGCUUCCCCCUCCGGGGCUGAAGAUGGAUUCCCGAGCCCUCGGGGGCUGCACUCUGCUGCUCUUCACUUUAUGGCAUCUGGGAUUAACUGCAACAAAUUAUAAUUGUGAUGAUGCAUUGGUAUCUCCCUUACCUUCAGCUGCCCUUACCAGUUCCUCUGAGCUCUUCAGUACUCACAGUCCCAGCUUUGCAAAACUCAACAGAAGAGAUGGAGCUGGUGGCUGGUCCCCGCUGGUGUCUAAUGAGCAGCAGUGGCUGCAGGUGGAUCUGGGAGACAGAGUGGAGGUGGUGGCGGUGGCCACGCAGGGCAGGUACGGCAGCUCGGACUGGGUCACCGCCUACGCGCUCAUGUUCAGCGACACCGGCCGCAACUGGAGGCAGUACCGACAGGACGACGCCGUCUGGGUUUUCACAGGGAACAGCAAUGCUGACAGUGUGGUGCACCACAAACUGCUGCACUCGGUGAAAGCUCGAUUCCUGCGCUUCAUCCCCCUGAGGUGGAACGUUGGUGGGCAGAUAGGACUGAGAGUUGAGGUCUUCGGCUGCUCUUACAAGUCAGAUAUUGCAGACUUUGAUGGCAGAAGUUCACUUCUCUACAGGUUCAAUCAGAAGCUUAUGAGCACAUUCAAAGAUGUAGUUUCCUUGAAGUUCAAGAGCAUGCAGGGGGAUGGAGUCUUAUUCCAUGGAGAAGGACAGCGUGGAGACUACAUAACCUUGGAACUGCAGAAAGGGAAGCUCUCCUUGCACCUCAACCUGGGGGACUCCAACCUGCACUUCAGUAACAGCCACACCUCUGUCACCUUGGGCAGCCUCCUGGAUGACCAGCACUGGCACUCAGUUCUCAUAGAACGCUUCAACAAGCAAGUGAACUUCACCGUGGACAAGCACACCCAGCACUUCCGCACAAAGGGGGAUUCAGAUCACUUGGAUAUUGAUUAUGAGCUCAGCUUUGGAGGGAUUCCUGUCCCAGGGAAGCCAGGAACCUUUCAGAGGAAAAACUUCCAUGGGUGCAUUGAGAACCUCUAUUACAACGGAGUCAAUAUAAUUGACCUGGCCAAAAGACGCAAACCUCAGAUCUAUACUGUGGGCAAUGUGACCUUUUCUUGCUCAGAACCACAGAUUGUUCCCAUCACCUUUGUGAGCGCCAGUCGAAGCUACUUGCAGCUGCCUGGCACUGCUCAAAUUGACGGUUUGUCAGUCAGCUUCCAGUUCCGAACGUGGAAUAAAGACGGCUUGCUUCUGUUCACCGAGCUGUCUGAAAACUCAGGACAUCUCUUGCUUUACCUCCAUGGUGGGAGAUUGAUGCUACUUAUUCAAAAGGAGACUGAGAACCCAGUGGAAAUCUCUGAAGGCACUAAUCUCCACGACGGGCUUUGGCAUUCUGUUAACAUCAAUGCCAGAAGGCACCGCAUUACCCUGACACUGGACAGCGACGCUGCCACUGCCAGCCAUGCAACCACUGUGUCCAGGAUCUACUCUGGGAACAGCUACUAUUUUGGAGGGUGCCCUGACAAUUUCACCGAUUCCCAGUGUUUAAAUCCCAUUACUGCUUUUCAAGGCUGUAUGAGGCUCAUCUUUAUUGAUAACCAGCCCAAGGACCUCAUUUUAGUUCAGCAAGGCUCCCUGGGGAAUUUCAGUGAUUUACACAUUGAUCUGUGUGGCAUCAAAGACAGAUGUUUACCCGACUACUGUGAACAUGGAGGAAAAUGCUCUCAGUCCUGGAGCACCUUUUACUGUGACUGUAACAAUACAGGCUACAUGGGAGCCACCUGUCACAACUCUGUCUAUGAGCAGUCCUGUGAGGCUUACCGACACCAAGGGAGGACAUCAGGUUUCUUCUACAUCGAUUCUGAUGGAAGUGGACCCCUGGGACCACUCCGUGUUUUUUGCAAUAUCACAGAAGAUAAGAUCUGGACUGAAGUGCAGCACAACAGCACGGGGCUGACCAGAGUGCAAGGAGCUGGUCCAGAGAAGCCCUACACCAUGUCCCUCAACUACAGCAGCAGUGCAGAGCAGCUGGAGGCUGUGAUCAGCAGUGCUGAGAACUGCGAGCAGGAGGUCGCCUACCACUGCAGGAGGUCACGGCUCCUCAACACCCCCAAUGGAAUGCCAUUUGCUUGGUGGGUUGGCCGUGCCAAUGAAAAGCACCUUUACUGGGGAGGAUCUCUUCCGGGCAUUCAGCAGUGUGCCUGUGGAUUGGAAGAAAGUUGUCUGGAUAUGAGAUAUUUUUGCAACUGUGACGCAGAUAGAGAAGAAUGGACGAAUGAUACUGGCCUCCUUGUUUUCAAAGACCAUUUGCCUGUAACUCAGAUUGUGAUCACUGACACAAACAGAUCAAAUUCUGAGGCUGCUUGGAAAAUCGGCCCUUUGCGUUGCUAUGGAGACAGGCAGUUCUGGAAUGCUGCUUCCUUCAACACGGAGGCCUCCUACCUGCACUUCCCCACGCUCCACGCCGAGGUCAGCGCGGACAUCUCCUUCUUCUUCAAAACCACCGCCCCGUCCGGGGUGUUCUUGGAAAACCUUGGCAUUAAAGACUUCAUACGAAUUGAAAUAAGCUCCCCCAAGGAGAUCACCUUCUCCAUAGACGUGGGGAAUGGCCCCGCAGAAGCCACCGUGCAGUCUCCCACAGCCCUCAAUGACAACCAGUGGCACUACGUGUGCGCAGAGAGGAACCUCAAGCAAACCUCUCUGCAGGUGGACAACCUCCCCAAGAAGGUCCUGGAGGCCCCAGCUGAGGGACACUUCCGCCUGCAGCUCAACAGCCAGUUAUUUGUAGGGGGAACAGCUUCCAGACAGAAGGGCUUUUUGGGAUGUAUUCGAUCUCUGCAUUUAAAUGGACAGAAACUUGACCUCGAGGAGAGAGCUAAAAUGACACCGGGUGUAAGACCUGGAUGCCCAGGACAUUGCAGCAGUUAUGGGAACCUGUGCCAUAACGGAGGAAGAUGUGUGGAAAAGUAUAAUGGUUACUUCUGUGACUGCACCAACUCAGCCUAUGAAGGACCUUUCUGCAAGGAGGAGGUGUCUGCAUUAUUUGAAGCUGGCACUUCUGUUACCUAUACUUUCCAAGAACCUUACCCUGUCACAAAGAAUGCAAGCACCCCAAGCUCUGCCAUUUAUGUGGAUGCUGUUGUGUCCAAGGAGAAUAUUGCGUUCAGCUUUCUCACAGCACACACUCCAAGCCUUCUGCUGUACAUCAACACCUACUUCCAUGAAUAUUUGGCUGUGAUUCUCUCCAAGAAUGGAAGUUUACAGGUCCGAUACAAGCUGAGUAAGGAUGGGCUCCUCAUUUUCACCAUUGACUCUGGAAAUUUUGCCAACCGAGAGCUGCACCGUGUGAAGAUUAACAGGGAAGGCAGAGAGCUCGUCAUUCAGGUUGAUCAAGUUCUCAAACUCAAACACAACUUUUCUGAGAUUGAUUUCAAGGCCAUUAAGUCACUCACCUUGGGCAAGGUCACAGACAGUUUGUCCCUGGACCCUGAAGUCUCCAAGGCAAAUGCCUAUGGUUUCACUGGCUGCCUGUCCUCUGUGCAGUACAACCACAUCUCUCCCCUGAAGGCUGCCUUGCGCCACCCCAGCGUUGCUCCCGUGACUGUCCAAGGCUCCCUGACAGAAUCCAGCUGUGCAUCCAUGAUGGAAGCUGAUGUGAACACAGCAACCACAAUAUAUUCCUCAUCAGAUCCUUUUGGGAAGACAGAUGAAAGAGAACCUCUCACCAAUGCAGUCAGAAGUGAUUCAGCUGUGAUUGGAGGAGUAAUAGCAGUUGUGAUAUUCAUCAUCUUUUGCAUCAUUGCCAUCAUGAGCAGAUUCCUCUAUCAACACAAACAAGCACAUCGAAAUAGCCAGAAAAAGGAGAAGGAAUACCCAGAAAACCUUGAGAGCUCCUUUAAAGCUGACAUUGACUUGCAAAACACAGUGAGCGAGUGCAAACGGGAAUAUUUUAUCUGAUGGACAAUGCAAUUUCUUCUUACUCUUCCUCCCCUAACCUCCCUUUCUUUAUUCCUUUCUCCCUUCCUUUUUUCUUUUUGAUUUUUUCUUUCUUUUUGGAUGUUUUUUUCUUUUUUAAAACUCAUUUUUUGCUAGCUUCUUUUUCAUUUGGAGAAGACCGCCCUGCACAGGAAACACUGAGAACAAUCACAGUGCCUCAUUCUCUGCACAGAGCCUGGCAGUCACAGUUUACUUCUGCAGCUCAAGAGAUCUGUUACCCCAUCCUACACAAAAUAAGAUCCACAUGCACACCUGGUUUCUGCUGUCAGUUCUUGGAUGUUUCAAAACCGCUACAUUUAUUUAUUGUUAUUUUUUUUCUCUGGAGACGUUUAAGUCAUUGCUUUUACACUAGAGCUGGACUAUGUAAAGUACAGGUAAAGUAGUUGAACACAUAGCUCUGCAGAUACUGGGACAGGAUAGAGGGAAAGAAUGAGAUCAAAACAGCUGAUUUAUUUCAUGGGCUCAUUUACAACAGUCAUAAAGAACCAGCCAAAUUCUCAAAUGUUAUUAAUUGAUAUAUUGUCUAUUGAUUUAAAUGGUGUUAAAUUAAUUUGUACCAGUUGAAAAGCUGGUAUGGCAUAAAGGAAAAUAAAACUGUCCUCAUUAAGCUCCUUCCCCCAA